AUAGUUACGUCAGUUGUGUGCGUCAAGGGCGGACCACGGAUGUGGGAUAGCGGAAGACCGAAAGGGUCAGUCAAAUUCUGAUCGCUCAAGAUGUCGGUCGUUUGUUUCUCCUUGAACCGAUGCGGUUCAGUGGCAUUGCGAUCUCCUGCUGGACUUGUGGCGGUGCGGUUUGCUCAAACAGCGGCCGCAGCCCAGCCCAGAAUUAAGAAGUUCCAGGUGUACCGCUGGGACCCUGACCGCAUCGGCGACAAACCACGCAUGCAGACCUAUGAAAUCAACCUGAACGCCUGUGGCCCGAUGGUGCUGGAUGCCCUGAUUAAGAUAAAGAAUGAGAUGGACCCCACGCUUACCUUCCGCCGGUCCUGCAGAGAGGGUAUUUGCGGCUCCUGUGCAAUGAACAUCAAUGGGGGAAACACGCUGGCCUGCCUCAACAGGAUCGACACCAACAUCAGCAAAGUGACCAAGAUCUACCCCCUGCCACACAUGUACGUCGUCAAGGACCUGGUGCCGGACAUGAAUAACUUUUACGCGCAAUACAAGUCCAUCGAGCCCUACCUGAAGAAGAAGGAUGAGUCGCAGGAGGGCAAGGAGCAGUACCUGCAGUCAGUGGAGGACAGGCAGAAACUGGAUGGGCUGUAUGAGUGUAUCCUGUGUGCUUGCUGCAGCACCAGCUGUCCUAGUUACUGGUGGAACGGAGACAAGUACUUGGGUCCUGCUGUCCUUAUGCAGGCUUAUCGCUGGAUGAUCGAUUCGCGUGACGAGUACACAGAGGAGCGACUAGCCAAACUCCAGGACCCUUUCUCCUUGUACCGCUGUCACACCAUCAUGAACUGCACCAAGACCUGUCCCAAGGGGCUGAACCCUGGCAAGGCGAUAGCAGAGAUAAAAAAGAUGAUGGCAACAUACAAGGAGAAGAGAAGCGUUGCAGCCUGAACCUUGACCACAUGGCCAAUUACCCCACCCCCUCCAUAUCCCCACCCGUCCACUUCUCAGCCCUGCCUCCUUCCCUGAAAAAAGGGGAAACUAUCAGAGUUAUCUGUGAGGUCUCAAACAGCCUGUAAUCUGUAUUCAGGCACACUCCAGCACAGGUGAUGCAGAUUGUUGAGAAAGGUCUGCACUGGAUCAUACGGAUCUGUUAUGUGUGUGUGUGUGUGUGUCUGUAUGUGUGUAUGAGAGAGUGAGUGAAAGGCCAUGUAUAUAUUAAGCAGCACAUGUGUUUUGUGCUUAUUAUUUAGCCUUACAGAUGUGUUUGGUCUUCUGAACAGGUUCAGACACAUACAUGAAACAUUACGCUUUUUUCCGUAACAGUAUAUUUACAGAAGGCUCUGUGAUGCUAAAAGAAUAAUAAACAACGCACACUGAAA